AUGCGCGAGUACAAAGUGGUGGUGCUGGGUUCGGGCGGGGUGGGGAAAUCCGCCCUCACCGUACAGUUCGUGACCGGCACCUUCAUCGAGAAAUACGACCCCACCAUCGAGGACUUCUACCGCAAGGAGAUUGAGGUGGACUCGUCCCCGUCCGUGCUGGAGAUCCUGGACACGGCGGGCACAGAGCAGUUCGCUUCCAUGCGGGACUUGUACAUCAAGAAUGGUCAGGGCUUCAUCCUUGUCUACAGCCUGGUCAAUCAGCAGAGCUUCCAGGACAUCAAGCCCAUGCGGGACCAGAUCAUCCGAGUCAAGCGGUAUGAGAAGGUACCAGUGAUCUUGGUUGGGAACAAAGUGGACCUGGAAAGUGAAAGAGAAGUAUCAUCAAAUGAGGGAAGAGCUUUGGCUGAAGAAUGGGGUUGUCCCUUUAUGGAGACAUCUGCUAAAAGUAAAACAAUGGUGGAUGAGCUCUUUGCAGAAAUUGUUAGACAAAUGAACUAUGCUGCUCAGCCAGACAAAGAUGAUCCAUGCUGUUCUGCGUGUAAUAUACAAUAG